AUGCGACUGCACACUCACUGUCCUGGGCUAGAUGAUGGAUGUAUUAAGAGACUGAUCAAUACGGUUAUUCCUGAGUCCUACACCCUUCUUCUACAACUUCUGCUGUUGGCUGAGCUGUUUGUGCAUUCAUCAUCUCGUCCCGUCAGCAGUGUCUCCCUCUGCAACACGUUUAAGUCAAUGAUCCCUCAGGUGGAGAGCCUGAUGCGCUUAUCGAAAAAGCUCCAUGACUUGACAGAUGAUGAGCUCAUAGAUGUAGUUGCUGUGGAAAACAGACUGGACAGUCUUCCUCACAUGCAUCAUACUGCUGCACAUUUCGACUCAGUGAAGGUGAAUGAGUCUCUCUCCCAGCUGUAUGUUUACACUCAAGCCUUCAAACUGCAUGUUGAAUGGUUGAAGACAGCCAAAAUAAAUGUGAGUUUGUCCUCCGGGUCAGCUGAGGGCGCCAACACUCACCUCCUGCACCUAUCCAGUCUCCUCAGCACGUCUCUCCAACAGAUCAAUGAGGAGGUGCCUCAGCUGCCGUCUCCCUCCCUUCCUGUCGUCUCCACGGCCUUCGAUGUGCUCAAGUUCUCCAUUGAGAUCUCCGAAAGGUUACAAGUCUUCUGUCACUGGUCAAAAAGAGUUUUACGGUAUCUUCAGAAAACAUCCCACUGUCCUAGACAUUAA